CGACGGCGGCGGCGGCGGCGAGAGGAUGAACAACAAGUUCGACGCAUUGAAAGACGAUGACAGUGGGGAUCAUGAUCAGAAUGAAGAAAACAGCACACAGAAAGAUGGUGAGAAGGAAAAAAUGGAGCGGGACAAGACUCAGAGCAGCGGCAAAAGGAAGGCUGUUGUCCCAGGACCAGCAGAGCAUCCCCUGCAGUAUAACUACACUUUCUGGUACUCCCGGAGAACCCCUGGCCGCCCUACUAGCUCACAGAGCUAUGAGCAGAAUAUCAAGCAGAUCGGAACCUUUGCCUCUGUGGAACAAUUCUGGAGGUUCUACAGCCACAUGGUACGUCCUGGGGACCUGACGGGUCACAGUGACUUCCAUCUCUUCAAGGAAGGGAUCAAGCCUAUGUGGGAGGACGAUGCUAAUAAAAAUGGUGGCAAGUGGAUUAUCCGCCUGCGGAAGGGCCUAGCUUCCCGCUGCUGGGAGAAUCUCAUCCUGGCCAUGUUGGGGGAACAGUUCAUGGUCGGGGAGGAGGUCUGCGGGGCUGUGGUCUCUGUUCGCUUUCAGGAGGACAUCAUUUCAAUAUGGAAUAAGACUGCCAGCGACCAAGCCACCACCGCCCGGAUCCGGGACACACUGCGGCGAGUGCUCAACCUACCUCCCAACACCAUUAUGGAGUACAAAACCCACACCGACAGCAUCAAGGACAAUUCAAGCUUCCGAAACACGAAAAUCACAUUGUGAAAGUCCACCAGCUGGCAAUAAUCUGUGUGUGUAUGUGUGUGUUUGUGUGUGUGUGUGUCUGCACGCGCCUUCGUGCAUGCGUGCGUUUGAGUGUGUAUUCGAGGUAGGUGGGAGGCCUCCAGCUGGCCCUCCCUAUUCUCCACCCCCAGAGGGUCAGCCCCGAGCCGUACCCUCCUUUUGCACUCAUUCCUGGGGACCUACUCUGCCCAACCUCCUCCGGCAUUGCUGACUUUAUAAAAUGGAAAAAUGGAAAGUGUGACUGUAACAGACAAACUGUUGGGUUGGUUUUGGUUUUAUUUUGUGUUUAAAAGGGUUCUGGGGGACAAGUCCGGCCUAUCGUCUUGCUGUGCGAUGUCCAGACCUCAUGGGCCUUCCCUCAUGCCCUUCUCUACUGUAUGCGCUGGACAGACUGAAGGAGCCAUGCCAACCAGAGCCACCGCCGAGAGAUCAGUAUUAUGAAUGUCUCUGCAUCCAGGGGAAGAAAAGAAAAACACCUUUUUGUUGGCGUGUCCUAGAAUAGCUGUAAAUGCCCUCGUCUAGCUCUGCCAUUAAAUUAUUGGGAUGUU